GCUGAUGCCCAGACUAGACGACCACCCCUGGAGCGGUCCCUGCGCUAAGGGCGCGAAGCACAGAAGCCACCUGAGGGCCAGUGCCAGAGGGCUGGAGGCCAAAGUGGGAGAGAUGGUCACCUCCUCAGUGUCAGGCCCCUCUCCCCUGGUGGCCCACAGUGCCCGGGGCACUGACCCGGCUCACGGGCCCGUGAGCGCUGGUGUGGGAGGCCAUGGCAGCAGCGGCCACAUCAACAGCUGGCAUCACCACUUGGUGCAAAGGAGCCUGGUGCUGUUCUCAGUGGGCGUGGUCCUGGCCCUGGUGCUGAACCUGCUGCAGGUCCAGAGGAACGUCACCCUGUUCCCUGAGGAGGUCAUCGCCACCAUCUUCUCCUCCGCCUGGUGGGUCCCCCCGUGCUGCGGGACGGCAGCUGCUGUCGUCGGCUUGCUUUACCCCUGCAUUGACAGCCACCUUGGAGAGCCACACAAGUUUAAGAGGGAGUGGGCCAGUGUGAUGCGCUGUGUGGCAGUUUUUGUUGGUAUCAAUCACGCCAGUGCUAAAUUGGAUUUUGCCAAUAACGUUCAGCUCUCCUUGACGUUAGCAGCCCUGUCUUUGGGCCUUUGGUGGACAUUUGACCGUUCAAGAAGUGGCCUUGGGCUUGGGAUCACCAUCGCCUUCCUUGCCACUGUGAUCACUCAGCUGCUGGUGUACAAUGGUGUCUAUCAGUACACAUCCCCGGAUUUUCUGUACAUCCGCUCCUGGCUCCCGUGCAUCUUCUUCUCGGGAGGUGUGACCGUGGGAAACAUAGGACGACAGCUAGCCAUGGGUGUUCCUGAAAAGCCACAUAGCGAUUGACUCUUCAAACCCACUGAUCCUGAAGAAUGGCAAGAUUUGGGAGAAAAUCUGUGAUACUGGAUUGUGACGAAGAUUAUCUUUUUUCCUCAAUAAUCUUUUCAGAUUGGGCUGACUGUACAAGUGACCCCUGGAAAACAGUUCACCUGUUUUAGAGCA